CUAGCCAACUGCACACGCGCAUUAUGAAGUAUUUAACGCUCUUGGCCGUUUUGCUCUUGGCCACGUUGGCCUUUGUCCAAGCUGGCAAAGUGACCAUCAAUGGCGAGUGCAAAGACUGUAACGAUGGCCGCACGACAAGCACCACCCAUAAGACACCACCCCGAGGACAAGGACGCCAGACGACGGCCAAGCCCAAGCCAAAGACCGCUCCGGGGCGCCGCCACCAAGCAUCAGAUGAGGAUGACGACGAUUCGGCUGGUGACUGGGCAUUGCACCAGUCGGCUGGCGGAUCCCAGCACAUAGGAAGACGCCACAGACGCCAGUGGGAGCCUCGUGGCCAGUACAUCAAUCUGGGUGGAGCUGGGGGCGGAGGCGGCCGAGUGACUACCAUUGAUUCUCGGGGCUAUCCGGGAACCGUUGUGCGCAACGACGACUGCGUCGGUUGCAACAUUCGGGGUUGAGACGAUGCCCGGCCUAAAAGUUGAUCUAAAUAAAUUAAUCAAAGCUCGAUAGCUGUGAGCUUCGUGGAAAACCUAUGACAAAGAA